AGGACAGCUGGAAAUGAAAAUGAGGAAGUUGAUGGCAACUGUCUGUCUGGAUUAAGGAACAAAAGAGGAGUCAAAGUCACUGUAAAACAGAUCCCCCCAGCAGAAUGUGACAAAAUGGACACUUCUAAUCCUGCCAAUGCUUCUGAUCUUCUGGCCGAAGAAAGCAAGCCUGAUUACCAUUGCCUUAGAAAACCACCUGGCUUCCCACCAGGGCAGAAAGCAAGUGAUAGCUCUUCCAGAGAUAAAAAAGAAAGCUCAACACAGGGUGGAGAGGAGAAACACAAAGAUGGCGGACCACGUGAAAAUAGCCCAGAAAAUCAUGGGAUAAUGGAAACUUCAAGCAAAGGAAAUCAGACACUGAGGACAGACAUAAAUACCAAAGAGGAGAAACUUGUGUGGCUUGACAUAUCAAGAAGUGGGGAGAAUGCGGGGACAUCAACAAAUGAUCAAAAGAGACCUAGUAUAGCUGAGGGUGACAGUAGACUCCACACGACCCAGAAGAACAAACAUGACAAUUUAGCAACUCUAGAAAAAGACACUAAAGAUGCUCCAGGUUCUGGAAUUUCCAAAGAAACUUUGCAAGAGUUGAAAAACAUGUUGAGAGAGAGCCCUCUGCUUAGUACUAGGGCCAGGAAUAUUGGUAAGCCCAGUGGUAUGUUUUCCCGUGCACUUCUGCUGAAUGCUAGUGAUAAGCAAAGUAGACAUGUUGAGACUUUUCACCCUCAUUUAAGAGGAGGUGAUCAGAAAAUUCCAAGUGAGCACAAGGAUGUAGCUGGGCAACUAGGGAAGCCACAAUUGGUUCACAGCUCAGCUGGGCUGAAUAAGCAGCAGUCCAAAACUGAUGACAUGGAGCAUCCUGUUGUGAGGCAACAGACAUCUUCCCAAAAUGCGGGCAGUACUCCAGGAAUUAAAUUGGACCCUCCUCCUAGUCAGCAUGAUCAAAGAAGAAAUGCAGAUAUAAAACCCCCUGGAAAACACAUCCCUUAUCACUUGGUCUCUGAGAUUGAACACAUUAUUGAACAGAUGGCUAAAGACAGCAUACAUUUUGUCAGAUUUGAAGCGACAGAUCUUCAUGGGGUUUCAAGAUCAAAGAGCAUCCCUUCUCGCUUUUUUCGGGAAAAAGCAAUCCAUGGUGUUACCAUGCCCAGAGGUUAUCUUGAACUAACCCUGAAUCCAAAGGAUAUGGAAAUAAACCAAAUAAGUGCCAACAAUUUCAACUGUGACAUAGUCCUGAGACCUGAUUUAUCAACCUUUCAAGUUUUACCAUGGACUGAACAAACUGCAAGAGUGAUAUGUGACUCCUUUACUGUUACAGGCAACCCACUAUUGACUUCACCCAGGCACAUUGCCAAACAACAGCUACACCAUCUCCAGAACAGUGGCUUCACACUGUAUUCUGCCUUCACUUACGAGUUCUGUAUUUAUGGGAUUGAACUCAUCGAUGGGAUGUAUCAUGCCGGGGCAAACAUUGAGAGCUUCUCAUCUUCUACAGGGCCUGGGCAAAUGGAGAUCUCUUUGUACCCUGAGUUUGGCAUACGUGCUGCCGAUAGUGCCUUCAUCUUCAGAACGGGAAUUAAAGAAGUGGCCAGAAAGUACAACUAUAUUGCCAGCUUUUUCACCGAGGAUGGAUUUUGCAACUCAGGUGUUCUGUCACACAGCCUUUGGGACAGCAAUGGGCAAAACAACCUCUUUUCUUUUGGUCCUGGAGGCCCUGAGUUCACUGACAAAGGGAAGAACUGGCUUGCAGGACUUCUGCUGCAUUCUGCAGCACUCAGCUGUUUGAUGGCCCCAACCAUUGGAUGCCGUAAACGGUACAGCGUUUACUGUAAAGAUUCAAAGGAUGUUGUGGCUGCCAGCUGGGGAUGUAAUGACAACAGUUGUGCAUUUAGUGUCAAAAGUCAUGGUGAAAAAAGAACGCAGAUAGAAAACAAGCUAGGUUCUGCAACAGCAAAUCCUUACUUGGUGCUGGCAGCCACAAUUGCUGCUGGUCUAGAUGGUAUAAGGAGAGGGCUGACCUUCCAGGAAGGAUCAGAGGAGAUCUCCAAUCCUACUCAGAUCAAGCCAGCCAUAAUCCCACUGAAGCUGGAAGAUGCUCUCAUAGCACUUCAGGAAGAUGAGUGUAUCAGGGAAGCACUAGGCAACACCUUUGUCCGAUAUUUUGUUGCCAUGAAACAGUAUGAGUUGGAGACGGAAGAAAUGGAUAUAGAAAGGAAUAAAUUUCUAGAAUAUUUUAUCUAGUACGAACAUUAAGGUUUUGCGUCUUGACAAAAAGCUGUGCUUCUUUGACACUGGGGUAAAAUGGAAGUGCUUUUGUAUAAGGCUUUUUGUCUGAGUGUUUCAGAACUGAACUAGACAUAAUGGUGAAUAGAUCUCCUGCAUAUAUUGAGAACUUUUCAUUCAUAAUGGGGACACUGGCUUGGGGGGGUGGCAGAAGAAGCAUUUUUCUUGCACUGUUUUUAUGAUAGAAAUCACCUCCCUCACCCUGAGAUGCUAUUUCCUCUUAGUGGCAAAAUUACAGGUAUCCACAUAAUGCCUAUUUAUUUCUCCCAAGGGGAACUAGUAGCUUAGGUGGGUGAGGAAGAUAUGGCACAGGAGGAAACGGCAUCACCAAUGGCUGCGUUCAAGCCAAAAUGAGAUUGUGGUAUUUGCUACUAAAUCAAAGGGAGAUUUAUUCACGGAUCUCCUAACAUCACAUCUCGUUUGACCUUCAUUCAUCAUCCUGUUUCCAAAAGCCACACAUUACUUGCCUGUAUCUGCUUCUGCUGCACUUCUAUAUAACAGGGAUGGGGAAUUAUGUGCUGAGACAGUGGGGUAUUGGGAAAGGUACAGUUUUGGUAUAUGAAAUCUUGUGUAACAUCGUGAAUACUAUUUAAGCUGUGCAUUAAAGUGAGGAAAUGAGGCUGUAGGGAUGCUGCUGCCUGAAUAUCCUUCUAACUUGAAUA